GUGACUGGCAGUCUGGAAAUGGAGCUUGCUUGUGUGAGACAAAAUAUGGAUUUUCCAUUAUUGCCUUUUAUGUGAUGGUUCUUUUGCUGAUGUUUUACGCAUCAGCAAUUGUGACUUCAUACUUUAGACUUUUGUACCAAUUCCAUGUAAUGUUAUCUGAAAAUUUUGGCAUAGAAGCAGUAGCUCCAUACGGUAGCUGCUGGGGUCGUAGGUUUUAUGUGAUGUUUCGUCGAAGACCACGUUAUGUGGGAGGUGGGCCAGCAGGUGGGCCUACAGCAAUGCUUUCAUCUCACACGCCACCAGCGGUUUCGAGCCGCGAGACUGGUAGUACAACACCGUUGGAUGCGAAUGAAAUGAAAGACAGACUUGCUUAUGCUUACGCAAAAUUGAAAAAAGCUUCUGAGGAAGAUCACGCGAUGGACAUAGAGAGAUAUCCGGGUUUAUUUUCUUCUGAAAAGCAACCUUUUCCACCAACAGCAACCCAAACAGUAUAUCCAGAACAAGUUGCAAUACCUCCAAUCCCGGUCCCAUCUCCCGAUCCUUCAUCAAAACGCUAUCUGGCGCCAGAAUCAAGUCCAAAAACAUUGACUUAUGAUUUUAAAUUUGAGAAAAGAAAUACUAUUCCCAUUUCUAAAGAUGAAUCAGCUGAAUCGAAGACACCCAAGAACAAGGUCUCAAGUUCUCAAAAUCGCUUAGAGCCACAAAUUUCUUUUGAAGCUCGGAAAAGAGCACUGUCUGUUCCAGAUCCACCCAGAUUAAAAAUUUUCGAAGAACAAAAACUAGAGGACGGUACAGAUACAUCCAGAAGGUCACGUGAAAAAGAACGAGAAGAUAACGAAUCUUCAUCUAGUCAAAAUGGGGAAAACGAGCCACGACGACUAACAGAUGAUGACGGCGAAAACGCUGAGCGCUUAGUCAAAGAACAAGAGCGUCCUCCAAUCUUGAAAAAGCCAAAACAAUCUGGUAGAGAGCAAAAAUAAGUUAUUCUACCUACGUAGAACACAGGAGACAUUCCUUUUCACACAUAAUGGUUCCCUAACUCAGAUGUAACGCAUUUUUGUACGAAGACAGCAACACGAAGGAUGUCGUUUAAAUAAACUUCCAGAGAAAAAAAUGAAUGAUAGUAAAACUCGUAUUUAAGGCAAUUUGUUGAACUCAAG